AACUAAAUAAAACCAUAUAGUCUCUCUUUCUUCUUCCUUGUCUCUCUCUCGCUCAUUAUUGAUCUCCAUUGUCGUAAGGAGAUCGCAAAAAAGCCAUGAGCCUAAAUUGUCUAUCAUGUCAAGCCCUUCCACGAACAGAUUCCAACAAAGAUGUUGAUCUCUCCGGUCCUGGACCACCAAGGGUCGAGAUUAACAAUGUUCUAGGUAAAACAUGUUGUGUAAAUCCUAUUGGUGGGAGAAAUUGGUCAGGGAAUUUGAGUCCUAGGAUCUAUGAGAAGAUUGGACGGCCAGGAUCGUCUUUAGCGCAUAAGAUGAAGAAGGUGAAAAAGAUUCAUCACGUUAGGCUAAGUGGUCCUGUUGGUUCUAGCCCUAGCAAUGUACCAACCCGGCCGGAACAACCAAAGCUCGUAAGGAGCACUGGAGUCCGAAGGAAUUGGAGUUUUGAGAAUUUGAGAGAUCAAGGAUUAAUAGAAGAAAAAAGGAAGAUUAACAUAUGAAUAUAUGAUCAAUGAUUGAUCAUGAUUCUGAGAUUUUAUAUAAAUGUGAGAGGAUAAAGCUGAUUACAUAUAGUUUCAAAUCCAGAUUCGUGAUUAUAUAAUCGUGAUAGAAUAUGUGAGAUGUAUAAUAGUAUUAUUUGGACGACAAAACGUUUCCAUUGAUUUAUUACUUGUCACGUUUUGUUCUCUUUGAAUAUUUGUUUUUAUGUUUCUUUUUUGUCUUUGAAUGAAAACGUAAUUUCAUUAAAGUGUUUUGUUUCUUUUCUAAAAUCGUUUUCAUAUCUGUUUUCGAGUUUCUUGCGUAACACGAGAGAUCAUCCUUAUUGGUGGUAUACUAUUCCAUCUAAAUAG